ACCAUCUUCACAUUGGAGAAAUUUACCUGUCACGCAUGCGUAGACUUCGUACUUCCGACCAGGAACUGUUAGUUUUUAUGUCUAUCAACUAUAUGGUAAAAGGUGCUGGAUAAACACACUGCACAGGUGUACUACGAUUUAACGGACAUCAUGUCUACCCCAGGCUAUCCAGCAUACUACUAUGGAGACUCCAACACAGGCAGCGUCUCCAACCUCAGUGAGGGAGGCAUGCGUCGUUAUGCUUCCAAAUCCAGCAUUGCUGGUGGUCAGAGCUUAACCGGAUCAAGAUCUCUGCUGUAUGGAAGCAGACGUAGCUUGUACUCCACAUAUACGAUGUCUGGGAUGUCCUAUGUGCUGCCCAUUGUAGCCAAACAGCCAGACCCAUGGAGAAGACCAAAUGAUAAUUGGCCCAUUGCUUUUAUGUCCCUGUUUGUCAACCCAAUAUUUGGAAUCUUUGCAAUACUAUUGGCUGAGCAAUCCAAGAUUUAUUAUGCUAAAUGUCAAUACCUCAAAGCAUCACAAUAUGGAUCAUAUGCCAAAGGGACAGCAGCAGGAGGCCUAUACUGUACGUUCAUAACAAUUUUAUGGAUCCUAGGAGCGGUGCUGCAUGAAAAGUUUCGCUACAAUUAUUGAUGUCAAUAUAUUUUGUACACAGUUUAUCCAGUUGUUUGAACUUCACCAUUAUCAUUCCGAUUUAAGUGACUCAGCUUUUGCUGAUGUUAGUAAAAACUAAAUUGCUUACAAACAUAAGAUACCACUAUGUAAGCUGAGAAAUUUUGUUAAAUCUCCAAACUUUUUUUUUUUAGUCAUUUACUUUAUGAUGAAUUAAUCAACUGAAAAUUAGUGUAAAUAGUAAUAUUGUUUGUAAAUAUUGAGCUGUUUUAGAGAUUUUUUUUGGGAAAGACUCCCUCUGAACUUAUCUUACUUUUACAUUCCAGUAUAUUUGAAGACAUAGCGGGGUUGUUUUUUUACAUCAUAAUUAACUAUUCUAAUAAUGUAUGUUUCAAGACUUCUUUUUUUAUUUUAAAUAUUAAAAUCAUAAUAAAAUAUACUGAAUAGUUAAAGUCAGAAUAUGUUCUGAAGUUCCUAAGGGUUGAUAUGAAACUAGUGCUCAUGCAAAUCUUAUAUUCAUCAUUAGCUUUGAAUGAAUGCCUUAGAUCUGAAUUAAAAUUUCUGUUCAGAUCGACAUACAUUGUAAAUAAGUUGCCAUGAAUAUGUUUAUAUACUUUUUACUUGCUGACAAAAUGUCAAUAAAAAAAAUUUAAAAGAAUAAA